AUGGGCUUCCCCAGGCUACUGGAGCCCACUGUUUGCCCGGGUUGGAACUCUUGCGCUGAAGCUGCCUUUGGUUGCUUGGGUCCCCUCUUGCCAGGGCUCCUCCUCAACGGUGGAAGUGCUCUUAAUUAUAAUGCGAAUGGUUGGGCUGAACUUGCUCGUGGGCUUGCUCAGGUUGCUGGGUCCACUGUUUGCCCUGGCUAUAACUCUUGCACUGGACCUGCCUUUGGUUGCUUGGGUCCCCUCUUGCCAAAGCUCCUCCUCAGCGGUGGAAGUGCUCUUAAUUUUAAUGCUUACCUUGGUUGUUGGGGCCCACUGUUUGACCGGGCUGGAACUCUUGCGCUGGAGCUGCCUUUGAUUGCUUGGGCCCCCUCUUGCCAGAGCUCCCCCUCAGCGGUGAAAGUGCUCUUAAUGCCUUUGAUUGCUUGGGCCCCCUCUUGCCAGAGCUCCCCCUCAGCGGUGAAAGUGCUCUUAAUUAUAAUGCGAAUGGUCCAGCCCUAA